AGCGAGUUUCGGCUGGGCGUGCGGUUUUACACGGAGGAGCAGCCAGCUGCCGCCAUCCUGCACCUGGAGAAGGCGCUGGAGGAGUAUUUUGUUGCGGACGCUGAGUGCCGUGCGCUCUGUGAGGGACCCUAUGACUAUGAGGGCUACAACUACCUGGAGUACAACGCAGACCUUUUCCAGGCCAUCACAGAUCACUACAUGCAGGUGCUAAGCUGCAAGCAGGGCUGCGUGACGGAGCUGGCCUCCCAGCCUGGCCGGGAGAAGCCCUUGGAGGAUUUUCUGCCCUCGCACUUCAACUACCUGCAGUUUGCCUACUACAACAACGGAAAUUACGAAAAAGCCAUUGAAUGUGCCAAGACCUAUUUGCUUUUCUUCCCAAAUGAUGAGGUGAUGAACCAGAAUUUGGCCUAUUAUACCGCUGUCCUGGGGGAAAACCUGGCAGGACCCAUCCAACCCCGAGAGGAGAUCCAGGCGUACCACCAGCGAAGCCUGAUGGAGAAGGAGCUGCUCUUCUUCAGCUAUGAUGUCUUUGGCAUCCCCUUCGUGGACCCGGACACAUGGACUCCUGAAGAGGUGAUACCAAAAAGGCUGCGGGAGAAACAAAAGGUGGAGCGGGAGACAGCAGCACGCAUCUCAGAGGAGAUCGGCAACCUCAUGAAGGAGAUCGAGACACUGGUGGAGGAGAAGGCCAAGGAGUCUGCCGAUAUGAGCAAGUUCAUCCGAGAAGGUGGCCCCUUGGUGUAUGAAGGAGCCAGUGUCACCAUGAACUCCAAGACCCUGAACGGCUCCCAGCGCGUUGUGGUGGACGGAGUCCUUUCUGCUGAGGAGUGCCGGGAGCUGCAGAGACUCACCAACGCAGCUGCCUCGGCCGGGGACGGUUAUCGUGGGAAGACAUCUCCUCACACCCCCAGUGAGACCUUCUAUGGCGUGACUGUCCUCAAGGCCCUCAAGCUGGGCCAGGAGGGCAAGGUGCCCCUGCAGAGCGCCUACCUCUACUACAACGUGACAGAGAAGGUGCGGCACAUGAUGGAGUCCUACUUCCGCCUGGAGGUCCCGCUCCACUUCUCCUAUUCCCACCUGGUGUGCCGCACGGCCAUCGACGAGAAGCAAGAAGGCCGGAGUGACAACAGUCAUGAGGUGCACGUGGACAACUGCAUCCUCAACGCAGAGGCCCUGGUGUGUGUGAAGGAACCUCCAGCCUACACCUUCCGGGAUUACAGUGCCAUCCUCUACCUCAACGGAGACUUUGAAGGAGGAACUUUCUACUUCACUGAGCUGGAUGCCAAGACUGAGACUGCAGAGGUUCAGCCACAGUGCGGCCGUGCUGUGGGCUUCUCCUCUGGUUCGGAGAACCCCCACGGGGUGAAAGCCGUGACCAAGGGCCAACGCUGCGCCAUCGCCCUCUGGUUCACCCUGGACCCUCGGCACAGCGAGCGGGAACGCGUGCAGGCGGAUGACCUGGUGAAGAUGCUUUUCGGCGCAGAAGAGGGGGAUUUGCUGCGGGAGACGGAGCUGGAGCAGGAGCCACACGCCACAGUU